AUGGAAGAGGUGCUAGAGGAGAAUGCUGGCAAUUUCAUGAUUGAAAAAAAGCAGCUGAUCAUUUUAACCGAGGCUGGAAAGCCUGUGUAUGCUUAUGGUCGAGAUGAAUCGGAUCUAGCUCGUACGCUUGUUUUUGCCGUUGAAUGUAGAUAUAACGGCGCUGAUCCAGGCGCUCUCCGGCAACUUCCACGCAAACAACGAGGACCUAAAGUAGCAUUGAGUCUCGCUUCGAACCUUAGGUCUGUGACCACGACGAAAGGCUAUUUUGUUUUUGAGAAGAUCGGCCCCCUUCUCUUCUUUUGCUAUUCCCCGAAAGAGGGCACGUCGAUCCUCCUGAUCCACGAGGAGUUCCAUCUCCUCUACCAGCAGCUAGUCAUGCUGCUCUCCACUUCAGCUCUCUCUCUUCUUCAGAAAAAGCCCAACUACGACAUUCGCGAGCUGCUCGGCAACACGACCAGCAGCAUCACCACGCUCAUCAACCAAUGCGGAGUGAACCUCUACUACUUGCUUCGCUGCUACCAUCCGCUGCUCAUCCCCUCCGCCUUCCGCGCUCAGAUCCGCGAUAUUUUCCUUCGCAACAAGCGUCCCGACACGGUAUAUGGAGGUCUGGGCAUCAACGAUAACAUCGUCGUCUGUCUUCAAUCGCGUCAAUUCCCUCUGCAGCCCCUCAACCAAGUGCUGCUGCAGGCUUUGAUCACCAAAACGGUUUCGUUCCGCUCGUCGGAGGGCUGGCUGCCGGUGUGCAUCUCGGACGUGAAGGCGGACGCGUUCCUGCACUUGUACGUGGGGUUCGUGACGGAGGAGACGUUCGUUUUCUUCGUCACGACCGCGAAUAACCCCGACGACUUCGACGUGUACAGCAAGAUCAAAGACCGGAUUUAUACGCAGCUGUCGGAGGGCGAUCGGAUCAUGCAGUUGUAUUCGGCGUACGACGCGUCGAUUUCGAUUGGAGAAAUGAAGAUUCCGGAUUUGAUUCAUUGCGUGUAUAAGAAUGAAUCGAACCAGAUCGUGAUUCCACGCAUGGACGAGCGCGUCUACGACUAUCAUGAUUAUUACAAGAUGAUUCGGAAGUACCAAGAGGUGUAUUCGCAUAUGCUCAAGAAUCAGUUGAGCGAGUAUUACGAGUCGACUUCCGAGUUCAGCAUUCAUGCCUCCAAGAAAGACACGUCGCUUUACAUUGUGGUCCUCAGUCCGUUCUUAUCGAUUGAGGAGAUGAUGGAGCGGAAGCAGCAGGUAGCGGACUGGCUGGUAAAGAAGGGAGAUUUGAUGAUUCAGAAGGCUCAUAUGUUCUGGUUUUGUGUUUGUUCAAGAAUCGUAUGA